AUGUGCAUGUUUUACAUUUAUCAUUGCAUUUAGUACAAGCUUGGUUAUCAACCCAAUAUCCUGAAUUACAUUUAGUACAUAGAUUUUAAGAUUCGCACUCAGCACAUGGAGUUACACAAGACAAACAUUCAUUUCCUUGGAUGUAUUUUCCUGGAGCACAUGAUGUACAGUUUGUUUCACUUGUCGAACAUGUUUUACAAUUGGUAGAGCAAUCAUAACAAUGUUAAGAAGAGUAGUAUUGGGAAUCUGAACAUGCCUAACAAUAUCCAUUGA